AUGCAACUGCCGUUCACAGCUGCGUCGCGAAAAUACCCGACUCCCAUUAAGCCGGCUGGAUCUCCUCCCUCCUCCGAGCAGUCGUCCAGCUCUUCUAAACCCAAACGAGCUGCAUACACCGAAGAGGAGAAAGAUUUCCUCUUCGCUAGUUACAGGGAAAACCCAUACCCGUCCGUAUCGCGGAGAACUGAAAUCGCUGACUUUCUGCAGAAACCAUUUAGCCAGAUUAGCUGCUGGUUCAAAAAUCAACGAGCGAGAAGUGACAACGGAAAAGGGACACCAGGAAAGAAGCUUCCAAAAGUGGAUAAGACCCCAAUCACCGCCAUAAAAAUGGACCUUGCGGACGGACAGGAUAUAUCUCCUCCUUGUCUCCCAGCUACUUUGGAAUCAGCACAGACUUCUACCACUGCUACAGUGACUACCCCUAUUACCACAGAAAAAGUUUUACCGCCAGCUACCAACCUUUCUACUUCUAUUCAUUCGUCUAACCAAGUUCUCAUGCCUCCAAGAGUUAAUCAUCAGAAGAUGGAACCUGCGAAAGAAGAUGCCACCGUAACAGAGAACACACAUCAUCAAGGGAAGCAGUCUCCAUCGCCUGAAAUUUUUAACACUUAUCCUCAUCUCGGUUUUCAACAUCCAAUGUUUAACACCGACCAGCAACAACUUCAGUAUCAUAUUUCUAAUGCGGGCUUUCGAAGCGAUCAUUUCGGUGAGGAUCCACAGAAGCUGCUGCGCCUUGCUAUUUACAACGCUCGCUGUGCCUCGGCACUCGCUACUGAAGCUACGACCAAAGCCUUGACAGCGAACAUUAUAUUGAAUGCUUUGAUGAAGCAAAUGCAAUCUCCUUUUGCGACGAUGCGCAGCGAUCAGACCUCCGAUGGCGCGUCUGGCUCAUCGGGCAGCUCCUCUUCAGGCUCAGCCGCGGACGGCCCGACCGACGACGGCUUUGAAAUCAAUGUUGAUCGCAUUUCUGACUCGGACUCGAUCGUCAACAUUCGUACUCAUUAA